CCAUACCAAAGAUUUGCUAAGAUCUCACGUUAUUGGAUCCUCAGAAUCCCCUUCUUCAGCUUUUCUUUAUUGCCCUGUCCUCUUUCCUUUCUUACCUUCUCCGCCAUCCCCUAUUAAACACCAACCCGCCCUCCUUAACCAGAAAAUCCCUCCACGCUUCCCAAUUUCGAUUUCCUUCUCAACCCCGAAGAUUAUUAAUUCCUACCUCUACUCCUUCAAAAUCUACAGGCUGCGAUUUUUCGAACCCACUCAGUUCCAGCGAUUUCUUCUAGCAAGGAGGUUUCUUUUGGCUUUUGGGCUUUCUCAUUAGGGUUCUGAUAAUCUUUGAUCUGGAAAAUGGCUGCCGCCGGUACCGAGUCUCUUCGGUGGAACUUGGCCGAGGAAGUGGGAGUUUCGGGUUGUAACCGAAAUAUCGUUAAUGGGUCGGGUUCCGUUUCCGAGGAGUUUCACGUUCUAGCUGUGGAUGAUAGUAUUGUUGAUAGGAAGCUUAUCGAGCGCUUGCUGAAGAGUUCUUCGUUCAAAGUUACGGCUGUGGACAGUGGUACUAGAGCUCUGCAGUACCUUGGUUUGGGUGGAGAGAAGAGUUCUUCCGCUGUUGGUUUCAAUGAUUUGAAGGUCAAUCUCAUAAUGACCGAUUACUCCAUGCCAGGCAUGACUGGAUACGAGCUGCUUAAAAAGAUCAAGGAAUCUAAAGCGUUUAAAGAGAUCCCAGUUGUGAUAAUGUCAUCAGAGAACGUCUUGACCCGGAUCCAUAGUUGUCUGGAAGAAGGUGCCGAGGACUUCCUGGUAAAGCCUGUGAAAAAGUCCGAUGUCACGAAGCUUAAAGACUUCAUGGUGAAAGGUGAUCAAGCCGAGAAAGGCAAGAGAAGGAGCAUCAAGAGAAAGGUGGAAGGUGACUUUGUUGAGCCUAAAAUGGCUACUGCUACUAAUACUACAAUUGCCUCUUCUUCAGAGGAGGAUCAAUCAUCCUCCGCAUCCCAUUCUCCAUCAACAUCAUCAUUAUCAUCUCUGUGUUCAUCUCCCUCUUGCAAAAGAAGCAGACUGCAAUAGCCAGUUACCUAAUAGACAUUCCCGCUAAGCUAUUGAUUCAGCAAAUUUUGUAAGCAGCAUUAAACCACUUAACAGAAAAUAGCAAAUUUUGUAGUCAGCAGCAUCACUAACCCAUCUAUGAUCUACCUCAAAAAGUAGUAUCUGAAAUGGAGGGAGCACUUCAAAGGGAGCGAUCAACUUGAUGUGAUUUGUUUUUUGUUUGUUUGUUUGUUUUUUUUUUUUUUUUUGUAAAUGGUCCAAAUUUAAUCAUCAAUACGAAAUUGAGAUCUCUAAAACUUGAUAUC